AAUUCCAUUUUCACAUUUUUCCUCUUUGUGCUGAAUCUCUGCAGUCUGACAGCAACACGACAAGGAAGAGAAGGAAGAUGAGUUCCCACCCAGCGGAGCUCUCCAUCCCUCCGUUCUCUCUGACCCGGCUGGCCCGGCGCUGGCUGGAGGAGGACACGCCGACCUUUGACCCUGCGGGUGUGUGUGUGGGGGAUGGGCAGGUGGAGGCGUGGCUGCUGUGUAAAACGCCUCACAGCGUCCUGGCAGGAAGUCCGUUCUUCAGCGCCGUGUUCAGGGAGCUCGGCUGCUCCGUGGACUGGAAGCUCCAGGAGGGACGCCUCAUCGGUCCAGGGGCCCUCACCCUGACGGCGGUGGUGCGGGGCCCGGCCCGGGGCCUCCUGCUGGGGGAGCGGCCGGCCCUGAACGCCCUGGCCCGGGCCUCGGGGAUCGCCUCCCGCUGCUCCCGGCUCCGGGCUCUAGCAGCAGCAGCAGGCUGGGGGGGCGAGCUGGCCGGGACCAGGAAGACCACGCCCGGCUUCCGCCUGGUGGAGAAGUACGCCAUGAUGGUGGGGGGCGUGGCCACGCACAGACACGACCUCAGCGGGAUGGUGAUGCUGAAGGACAACCACGUCUGGGCCUCAGGGAGCAUCACACAGGCGGUGAAGGCAGCUCGCUCCGUCUGUGGUUUCAGCAGUAAGGUGGAGGUGGAGUGCUGCUCAGCAGACGAGGCCAGAGAGGCGAUCAGAGCCGGAGCAGACAUCGUCAUGCUGGACAACUUUCAGCCUCAGGAGCUCCACGCUGCAGCCGAGGCCCUGAAGCAGGAGUUCCCAGCGGUGGUGGUGGAGGCCAGCGGAGGAGUGACUCCAGAGAACUUGUCUUCAUAUUUCUCGGGUCAUGUGGACGUGGUUUCUCUGGGCUGCAUCACUCAGGGCUGCCCCGUGGUCGACUUCUCUCUCAAGGUUCAGAAACCUGCAGCUCUGAAGAACGACCAGCACCAAGAAUAGAGUCUGACUGAUUAUAUAGAUAUCUGAUCAACAGAGGAAGCUUUUUAUAGUGCUGCUGUGGUUUACUGCUGCUACAGCCUGAGAAUUAAUUCACACCAUCUCUUCUCACUGUGUCAUCAGUCAUUUGAUCAAAGGGAAACACAAACAAGACUGUAGUUGUUUCUCUGCUGCAGAACCACUGCUGUUAGUUAAAAUAAUCACAGAAAUACAGAAUAAUAAAUAAAUAAUACAGAAUAAAAGAACAACUAUGGAAGAUUCAAUAAAUAUUGAGUGUUCAAAGUAAACUUAUAGUUUAUCACCUAGUAUUUAGAAGUGUUGUUACUCCAACAUUCUUAUUCAAACUGAAAUAUUUUCUCACUAACAGUGAUUAGACACGUCCACUGUAAAAAAAGGUCUAAAACCAGAUCAAACAGUAAAUCUAAAGGUCUAAAACCAGAUCAAACAGUAAAUCUAAAGGUCUAAAACCAGAUCAAACAGUAAAUCUAAAGGUCUAAAACCAGAUCAAACAGUAAAUCUGAGGGAAAUGAUCUUGCUGCAUGGACAGAUAAUUUACCUUGACAAGAUUUCUUAAAUUAAGAUUAUUAAAUCUAGAAAUAAGCAUGUUGAACACUUAAAAUAAGAAAUGAACUCUUAAAACCAGAUAAAUG